AUGCAAUUAAUAUCCGAAUGUUUAAAUGCUCUUAAACACAGUGCAUUUUGGCUGCACUCUGAGAAACCUUCGCUUAUGAGCUUUUUGGAGUAUCGAUUACGUAACAACAAUUUGGAACAAGAAGAAAUAGAAUACAGUCGAUUUAGAAUUGAACUAGAAACUAUCUUCAAAUAUUAUGAUGAAACAUCUGAAACUGGAAAAAAAAGUGUUACAGCUGUUAAAAAAGUUCCAGGUAAAUGUACUUCAUUCGGUGCUAUACCACUUUGA